UGGUUGAAGAAUUUUAUAUGAUGUAUGAAUUAACUUUGAUGCCAUUCUUGAAAUGCUAUAGAUUGCAAAAACAAGGUAUAGUUUUGGAUAGAAAUAGAAAAUGUUGUUAUAUGAUUCGAUCUAAUUAUAGUGAAAUAAUGUUUGUAAUUUUGAAAGAACCAAUUAUUGAUGAAAACAUUGUAGAUGAAUUUAUGAAAAAUGAUGAUAUUAAGAAGAAAAAUAGAAUUGUUAAGGGUAGG